UCAAGAGCGAAAAAUGACGUGGCAGAGCAAAUAAUCCACUUCCGGUACGGGGCGCUGUGUUGACAUCCGGCCGGAGCUGCGGUUGGUUUCGCACCUGUCGAGCGGGAGUCAGCCGGACAUGGUUCCAGUUCCCCGGGUUCCCUGUACAGAUGAGCGGGGUUUGAGCUGUAGGCGGCCGGGCUAUGUACCUGCGGAGACAAGACGCGCUUCUGCGGGACGGGGCGACGAUGGAGGGGCUGCUGCUGGUGCUGCUCGGCGGGCUGAUUGAAGGCUGCGGCGGCGGCGGCGUGUCGGCUAACAGGGGCGGGUACCCAUCCUUCACCGACGAGAUCCCCUUCAAGAUCGCCUGGCCGGGGGCCGAGUUCACGCUGCCAACCUCUGGUGCAUUUUACAACGAAGACGACUUUGUCAUCAUGAUGACACCAGAGAAGGAGCGCUAUAAAUGUCUCCUGCCUUCCCUGUCGACUGGAGGAGAGGAUGACGACAAGGACUACACCGGGCCUGAUCCAGGUGUCCUGCUCGAACCACUAUUCAAACAGAGCAGCUGCUCAUACAGGAUUGAGUCCUACUGGACAUACGAGGUCUGCCAUGGGAAGCAUAUUAGACAAUACCACGAGGAGAAGGAGACGGGUCAGAAAAUCAAUGUUCAGGAGUACUUUCUUGGAAACACGGUGCAGUGGAGUCACUCCACGGAGACAGAAACGGUGAAGGAGUCAGAUAAUGCAAAUUCAGAUGAAAUAAAUUCAGAAGCUGACCAAGAGGUGCCCACCAAGAACAUAGAAGGCCAGCUGACUCCCUACUUCCAGGUGGAGAUGGGAAACGGGACUCCCUGUGUCCUGAAACAGAACCAGCCUCGCGCUACUUCCGUGUUGUACGUCUGCCAUCCGGAGGCCAAGCAUGAGAUUUUGUCCGUUGCUGAAGUCACUACCUGUGAAUAUGAGGUGGUGGUGUUGACCCCACUGCUCUGUGCACAUCCAAAAUACAGACAGACGGCUCUUCCUCACAGGUUCAAAUCCUCUCCGGUGAACGCCAUAUUCUGCCAGGCUCUGUCCGGCUCCCCUCUGCGACCUCAUCAGCUUGAACAGUUGAACAGGGAGCAGGAGGAACAGCUCAGACCACCAUUCAGCGCCGCCCCUGAACCCAGGGAGGAGGAAGUGUCGCCAGUGAGAGAAGAGGCCUUCACUUCCACUCACAAGCCCAUGACUGUUGGCGGACAAACACAGGUCACUGUCGGCACCACCCACAUUUCCCGUCUGACAGACGACCAGCUGAUCCAGGAGUUCCUGAGUGGCUCGUACUGCCUGCAUGGGGGCGUAGGCUGGUGGAAAUACGAAUUCUGUUACGGGAAGCACGUGCAUCAGUACCAUGAGGAUAAAGAGCAUGGAAAGAACAUUGUUGUAGUGGGGAGCUGGAAUGCUGAGGAGCAUCUCGACUGGGCAAAGAAAAAUGUUGCCCGCUCCUACCAGCUCAAAGAUGAUGGGGUCCAGAAAGUCAAGUUGGUUUCCCAUUUUUAUGGCCACGGGGAUUUGUGUGAUCUGACAGGGAAGCCCAGACAGGUCAUUGUCAAGCUCAAAUGCAAAGAGUCCGAGUCUCCGCAUGCUGUCACCGUCUACAUGCUUGAGCCUCAGACCUGUCAGUACAUCCUUGGGGUCGAGUCUCCGGUCAUAUGCAGGAUUCUUGACACUGCUGAUGAACAGGGGCUCUUAUCAGUUUCAAGCUAACCGGAGCAAGACAGCAAGAAGACCAGCAGCGAGCGAGGGGGAAAUGGGGAGGACAGCUGUAGAGGGGCACACUUGAGGAGAGAAUAUGAAUCGAGAAAGAAGAGACUACAUAGUGGAUGGAGGCAGAGAGAUGCCCGUUGAACUGUUAAAGGUCACAAUGGAACUCGAGAGUUAAGGGUUGAUCCUGGGGUUAGUCUCAGGACUAAAUCGAGGAGAAAAGACUUAGCCCACACCUUAUUCCGUGCAAUGGGCCAUGCUGUGCUACGGUCUGAUCCGCUGGUCGUACUGGUACGGACCUCGGGAAACCAAACGGGACAGUCACCUCAAUCCAUACAGCAGUGGACAUGUAGCCUGUCCUUCGUAUCUAUGCUUCACCCUGUGAUAGUUAAUGGCACGCAACAGAAUGAGGAAUCCGAGGAUUCACUAUCGGGGUUAUCAGUAAUGUCCACGUUGGGUUUUAAUGUCAUUUUAAGUCAGUGUAGGUUUGUGGGUAACUAGUUGAUUAAAUGCUUGAGUUGGCACAGAGAGGAAUGGAAACCCAUCAUGAAAAUAUGUUCUGCAGCUGUGUGAAUGGGCACUGUUAUCUUACGGGAUACGGGAGUGUAACUUGUAAAUUUAAGAGCUUGGCUAUGAAAUAAGAGAUGGUGAUUGUUUGAUUAAAAUUUCCUACAGGCAACAGGAUAUAAAUUCUCUCUGGGCUGCUAUAAACAGAUUUUUUUUUUUUUGUGCGUCUUUUAACAAGGAUAGGCGCCGGGUUUGAUUUUGAUCAAUGUUUUCUGGAAAAUCAGAAAACGUGUCAGGGAAUAAUAAAAUCACUAAAAUGUGAAAGGCUAAAAUCUGAACCCCAAAGCAUUAU